UGGCUAAGAUGAUCAAACUUGUGUGGCACAUGAAUGUAGACGAAGGGAAACAUGUAUAUAUGGACCAUUAGUAGCAGCAAAGCAAGAAAAGAGUAUGAGAGCGGUAGGCCAGGGAUAGUAGGGACGCUGAUGGAGUAGUUUCUUUUUUUUAGGUGCGCUGGUGGAGUAGUUUGGAAGGUGACUGAAGGGACGCAUUUGGGCAUUUUAAAGUCCACCCGAGACAUGGCCCAUGACAAUAUAAAUGGGCGUGACCAACGAGCCGAGUGACGGGCCAUAUGAGAAACAAAACUUCCCAACCAGCCGAGUUACGAAUCGCAUUUGCACCAGUCGGUCCAGAUUUUUCUCAAAAGAAAAAAGGAAAAAAAACAAACAAAAAAACGAACAGCCGGUCCAGAUUCGAGGAGCAGGUAAGCUCCUGAAUUUCCGGAAGGAAGCGCUUCAAAACGACCAAAUCCCAACAAAGCCUAACAAGUAGCGGAGCGAUCGAGGCGGCCUAGCAUUAGCCGUCAGCAACGCCGACGCAUCAAAAUCUUCGCACCUCCAUCCAAUGGCGGAGGCCGCGGGCAGCAAGGCGCCGCCGCAGCAGCAUCCCUGCUGCAGCAUCUGCGCGGAGCCGACGGCGCCGUCGGAGUUCCACCGCGGCGGCAGUGCCUGCGCGCACGCCUUCUGCGGGGCGUGCAUCACGGGCCACGUCCGCGCCAGGCUCGAGUCCGGCCCCGGCGCCGCCGCCGCCGUGCGGUGCCUGGACGCGUCCUGCGGCGGCAGGCUCGACCCGGAGCUGUGCCGCGCCGCGCUCCCGGCCGACGUGUUCGAGCGGUGGUGCGCCGCGCUGUGCGAGUCCAUGUUCGUCGGCGCGCGCAGGACCUACUGCCCCUUCCCCGACUGCUCGGAGAUGAUGGUGGCCGACGACGACGAGGAGGGUGAUGGUGGGAAGCCCGUGACGCAGUCGCAGUGCCAGGUGUGCCGGCGGCUGUUCUGCGCCCAGUGCGCCGUGCGGUGGCACGCGGACGUCGACUGCGCCGCGUACAAGAGAGGGGACAGGAGCAGGGAGGACCUGAUGCUGAUGGAGAUGGCCAGAGAGAAGAAGUGGAGGCGGUGCCCCAAGUGCGACUUCUCCGUGGCCAAACGAGAUGGCUGCCUUCACAUUAUCUGCAGGUGUGACUUUCAGUUCUGCUAUGGAUGUGGCGCUAAGUGGGGGUCUGCUGGGUGUUCUUGUGAUGACGAGGAGCAAUGAUGAGAGUGAGGAUGAAGAUGAUCUCGUUGACAUGUGAGCAUGUGACCAUUAUGAUAUAUGUGUCACAUGCCUUGCUGUUAUGAAACUCAUACGGGUUAGAGAAAUAUUUUGAAGUAUUAUAUGGUCCGUGCGUGCUAGAGAAAUUGAAACACUUAAUGUUUUUGCUACAUGCGAUUCUGAGGUUUUUGUUGAUAGAGUAAACAUUGUUCUUCAGCAAGUGUGAAAUUGUCACAACACAUCAUAUCUAACGCAUAUUUUGUUGGAUAUGUGCCCCCGAAAGUAG